CUCGGUUGCUUUUUUUGAACAAAGACCGUUGAUUUUGAACUCGCAUGUGAUAGUCAAUUCUAAUCCAACUUUAAACAUCAAAACAUCAAAAUGAAGGGAUCAGCUAACCAAAGAUGAAGGAGAAGAAGAGCAGGAAGAAAAGCCUUCUUUUUUACAAAAACUUUUUCGGGUACAGUCCCCCAUACAGUGUUCUCAUCGAUGGAACAUUUUGCAAAGCUGCUCUGCAGUUCAAGAUUAAUAUCAUGGAACAGAUGCCCAAAUACUUGGACGCUGAAGUAAAAUAUUUCACAACCAGUUGUGUCCUGGCUGAAUGUGAAGCUCUUGGGACUCUGUUGUAUGGGCCACUCAAAGUCUUACGUCAAUUCACAGUUCACCCUUGUCAACACUCAUCACCGCAGCCAGUGACAAAGUGCCUCAGAGCAGUGAUGAAAAAAAACAAACACAAGUUCUUUAUUGCCACACAGGACCAGGAGUUCACAGAAAAGAUCCGCAGUCUGUCAGGUGUUCCAUUGCUGAUCAUUGCCUACAACACGAUUAUCCUCGAGGCCCCUGCUGACAUGUCCAAGAGUGUGGCUCACCAGAAACUGGAGACAAAACUGGCCCCAUCAGAGUUCCAAAUGAGCAGGAUCCAGGAGCUGAAACGUGAGGCUUUUGGGGAAACUGAAGAGGUUGUGAAAAGGAGGAGAAAGAAAAUAAAGGGACCCAAUCCUCUUUCUUGCAAAAAGAAAAAAAAGAGGACUGCUGAAGAAAUUAAUGAGUUGAAGAAGAAAAAGAAGAAGAAAAAGAAGAAGAAAAAGGCCGCUGCUACUGUGACAUUAGAGGAAUUAACUCAACUUAGCUAGAUAAAUCUAUAUAUGUUUACUCUAGUGAAUUCAACAUUUUCAUCGUCAUCUUCAUCAUGCAUAUUUAGAAUGCAAUCAUCUUGGUGUUAACAUUAUAAUCACAUCAUAAUUGCCAUCAUUAUCAGUAGGUUUUAUUAUGCCAAAUAUUAUAAAUUAAAUAUUUUUUCACAUUCCUAAAAACAAAAUAUAAAUUGAAGGAAUAAGUUUAAAAGAACUUGCUUAUUUAGGGUCAAGAAUUAAAAACUCUUGUUUCAUCAAUUAUUUUCAGAUAAUAAUUUCAAAAGCCAAUGACACUUUUCAGCUUUUUACUACUCUGAGGUUGUAAUCGUAAAAUUACAAUGUUGGUUAGUUGAAUGAAUGAAUUCAACUACGAGAGUCCCUUUUUUCAUUCAAAUUCAAAAUAACUAGCUGUUAAAAGAGUGAACAUCUUUAGCAUUGCCAUCAGAGAAUCUGACUCUCACUGAAAGGAGCGGGGUACAAAACCCACACACUCAUUAUCAUAAAAGAAAUUAACUACCAUAAGAUCAAUUGCCAAAGGAUUUCCUCAUAAUACCCAUUUAUAUAUUUUGAUCGCACCAAUGUAGCAGCAUUAAAUAAAUAAAUUGUGUUUUUUCCUGUCUUGUUUUGAGUUUAUAAAGCUGUACGGGUUAAUUUGGAAAUAAAAAACAUCUUUUAAACAUCUUAUAAAUUACCACACCCCACAUUAUACCCCCUA